AUGGAACCAAUUUUGAUAGCGAUCUUUUCUUUGAUAAUGUUGAUGGUUUAUUUCCUCAUCAUAAAACCCUUAGUUCCUUUGCUCCUACUAAAGCUAUAAUUAGGAGACAAAGCAAUUUUAAUGUUUUAUCCCAUCUUUGGCUUCUUAGGAGUAUUAACAAAAUCAAUAUAAAUUAACAAUGAUCUGAUGCACUCAAUUAAUCAUGCAUUAAGAAAAAAUCCUAAAGCAAAAGUCAUUUUAUCAAACCACCUAACAAAACCUUUUAUCAUGCUAACAGGAUCAGAAUACAUCAAGGAUUCGUUUCUAGACCAUCAUGAUUAUGAAAAAAUGAAUCCCUUUAUGAUACCUUCAUUUCUACAAAAAGGAUUAGUGAUGAGUGAAGGGGAAAGUUGGAAGAGACAAAGAAAGUUCUUAGGCACAGCAUUCACAUUUGAGAAGUUAAAAUCAAGAUUGCCUAUGAUGAAUAAAGUUAUUGAAUAUAUAUCAGAAAAUGAUGAUAAAAGUCAUUUAAAUGAUUUUAUGGCUCGAAUAACUGGAGAAGUAGUUAUUAGAAGCUUUUUUGGUGAAUUAGUUGAAGGAUUCUAAUUAGAAGGAAAAGAUGCUUAAGUAGCGCUUAUCUAAUUAACAGGAGAAAUUUCUAUAAUGCAAUUAUAGAGUGCAUACUAUUUUAUUAAAUAUUUAUUAUUUAAAGAUAGGAUGUUUGAGGUUUUUCCUUGUAAAAAAGAAAAAGAAAUUUUAAGGCGAGUGGAGAAUAUAAGAAUGAAAUUGAAUGAGCUAAUCUUAAAAAGAAUAUAAUAAUUAAAGGAAAAUCCAGUCUAAGAUUAAGAAAAAAUGGUUUUCUUAGAUUUAUAUGUAACUGAAUACUUAAAAUAAUAAAAAUAAAAUGAAUAAUAGAUAGAUCUUGAAGAAAUAUUGCAUUAAUUCAUAACUCUAUUCUUUGCUGGUACUGAUACAACAGCCACAACUUCUGGAACUUGCUUAUACUAUUUAGCUAAAUAUCCUGAGAUUUAAUCUGAAAUUUUAGAAGAAGUAAAUUAAGUUGUUGGAAAUGCUGAUAUAAAUGAAGACAAUUUAAACAAGCUAACUAAGGUUAACGCUUUGAUUUAAGAAGUUUUAAGAUUGAGGAAUCCAGCAUUUGUUACACUCUUUAGAACAGUUAAACGUGAUAAAUAGGUUUAAGACAUUAAACUUAAAAAAGGAUGGGCAUUAGUGUAAAUGUAAAACGCUAGUAGUAUUUAAGACUCACAUUUUGAUAAUGCUACUGAAUUUAAUUAUAAAAGAUGGUUUGACAAAGGUAAUGUAGUUAAAAACGAUAAUGGAUACAUUAACAUUCCUUUUGCAGCAGGACCUAGAAAUUGCAUUGGAUAACAUAUGGCAUUGAUGGAAGCAAAGAUUAUUAUAGCAUUGCUGGUUAGGAAAUAUAAAAUACUCUUAAAUCCUGAUGUUUAAGAAGUUAGAUUUGGAGUAAAAUUUCUAUAAACUGUUGAACCAGACAACUGUUUAUUUUUUAAAAAAAGAAUUUAAUGAGUUAAAUUAUUAGAUAUCAAAAUUAUUUUAAAUUAUUAAAAA